AAUGAUGAUGAUGGUGAUAAUAAUAGUACAAAACCAAUAAUGAAUUCAUUAUCAUCAUUAAUCAAUAUGGAAAUGUCUAUCAAACAACAACAACAAUCAUCAAUAAAUUUGACCACCAAACCAAAGAAAUUGGCAACCGGAAAAUUGGAACGUAUUACCGAACGUUUAGCUAAACAACGACAACAUUCGAAUGGUUUGACAUCCGCUUCAAUAUCGACGAUUUCAAAUGGUGAUAGCUCAAUAAAACGAUCAUCAAGUCCAACAGAUGAAUCUCUAUUAUCUAAUAAAUCAGAAUUAGCCAAUGAAAUUGAUGGAUCCAACGAUGAUGUUGAUGAUAAUUUAAUGAAAUCUUCUUCCAUCGAUGAUGACGAUAUGGAUGAAGAUAUUGGCGAUGAGGAAGAUGAGGAUGAUGAUAUGGAAAAUGGUCUUCAAGCAUUAGGCCUAAUGGGCAAUGUUGCAUACAUGACUACUGGUGAUGAUGCUUUUAAAUGUCCUGUUUGUGGUUUACAAUUAGAUUCACAGCAUACCUUUACCUUACAUAUACGUUCACAUAAUCCAAAUGAUCAUUCCAAUACAUGUAGUUUAUGUGGUAAGACAUUAAGUUCGGCAAGUAGUCUUGAUCGUCAUAUGCUGAUACAUUCGGGUGAACGUCCAUUCAAAUGCAGUCUUUGUGGUAUGGCAUUUACAACCAAUGGUAAUAUGCAUCGUCAUAUGCGUACACAUGGUCAUGGAUCGAUCGGUUAUACACCACGUGGACAAAAACGUCGUGCAAAAUUAUUGACGCAAGCAUUGGAAAAAGCUGUUGCACAAGCAACAGCCGGCGAACAAGUUGAUUAUGAAGCAAUUAAUAAGCUUAAAAAAUCGAUACUCGAAUCAAAAGUUACUAUACCGACAACAACAACCGGCGGCAAACGACAAUCAAAAAAUCAACAACAACAAUCAGCAGCGACAACAUUUUCCGAACAAUUAUUAUCAUCAUUGGCGCCCAAUGUAUCGAUUGAAGCGGCAGCAGCUGCAGCUGUUGCCGCUGCACAUAAUGCUGCCGGAUCAAAAGAUGGUGAUAGUAUUCUGUCACAUUUAAGUGCUGUUGCGGCCGCAACAGCCAAUUCACAACAUCAAAGCGGUAGUGGUCGUAAACAUCGAAAUCGAAAUAGUCAUUUAACGACUACUACUAGUCAAACUGUUUCAACAACACCAUUAUCAUCAAUAUCAAAAUCUAAUGAUAAAACUAAAGAAUCGCCAAUCACUACCAACAGUUCUAUUUCAAAUAUGCCAUUGAAUUUGGCUAAUAAUAAUAAUAAUAAUAAUUCAACAAUGGUUUCUUGGUCAAAAAAUCAACAUUCAGCAAUGAAUCCAUCGACGACAACAACAACAACACCCACCAACAUACCCGAAAAAGGUCGACCAGGACGUAAGAAAAAACAACGUCUUUCAGAUCCUGGAUCCAUAGUACUGAAUGGAAUGAUGAAUCAUCCUCAUCCAUUAUCAUCAUCAUCAUCAACUCAAGUACAAAUUCCACAUUCAUUACCGACACAUCCACAGCCACCACCACCACUACCGACAACUAUAGCACCGUUUCAACAAUCACCACCAUCAUCGAAUAAUCAUCAUCAUUCAAUAUCAUCAUUUGGAUCGAUAAAAGAUAGAUGUCCAAUAUGUGCUCAUCCAAUACGUACUAUGCCUGAAUUACAUUUGCAUAUGAUGGCAUAUCAUAUGCAUGAAAGAUUAUUCUGUAAUGAUUGUGGUAUGAUUUUAGAUAACUAUGAUACAUAUACACAUCAUCAUUGCACAGCAUCAGCUACAACAGUUAUGCAAGCAUUAAAUCAAAAUCCAAAUCUACAAUCGGAUUUAUUAUUUUGUUCAAGUAAUACAUCACGUAUGAAUUUUUCAUCCGCACGAACAUAUGCAGCAAAUUUAGAAUUAUUACGUGCAGGUUUAACUGCCGCAACAAAUGGUGUUAGCGGUGGUAACAGUAAUCAACAUUUACAAGCUGCAGCUGCUGCUCAAGUUAUGCUGCAAGCAGCUCAAUUAGCACAACAACAACAACAAAAUUCUUUACCGCAACAGCCACCACCACCGCCGCAAUCAUCAACAUCGAGAAAAUCAAAUUCGCAACAACAUGCAAAAGUAAAUUGUAGCCAAUGUAGUCGAAAAUUUUUCACAAGUAAAGAAUUAAAGCAACAUCAUGAUACAUAUUGUCAUCAAUGUCAAUUAGAGUGCGAUUCAAUAUCAACCUAUCAAUUUCAUCAAUUUUCACAUUCAUUUGAAAAGCUCAGUCAAUCACAAUCACAAAUGAAUGUGGAUAAUAAAAUGCAAUUAUUAAAAAAUGUAGCCGCAUCGGCAUUUCCUUUUCAAUUAUCAUCGCCAACAUCAUCCGCAUUGGUUACGAAUCCAUCUGCAUCAUCGUUGAUCUCAUCAUCCGCUUCAGCAUUAAUACAUAAUCAUGAUCAUCAUCACCAUUCAACAACACCACCACCACCACCACAAUUAUCAAAACAAACAUCCAUUCCGACAAUAUCAAAACAUCAUUCAACACCAUCAUCAUCAUCGAUUGCAUCGCUCACAUCUAUGGCCAAUAUGAAACCGGAUUUAGCCGAUAUUGAAUCGAUAUUAUCGAUUGUACAUGCAACAAAUUCUAUGAAAAAUUCUAAUCAACAUUCAUCAUCAUCAUCAACUGCAGCAGCAGCCAAUAAUUCCAAUGAUAAUGAUAAUAAUAAUAAAUUAUCAAUCAAUAAUGGUCAACAGCUACGUUCACCAAUAUCACCGAAUCGUGCAAAUGAUGCUGGUGAUUAUCAUGGUGCAACACAAAUGAAACGUCAUCAACAAAUGAAUGGUGGUGAAGCAACAAAUCAACCAGAUUCACCAGCAUCAGCUGAUUCAGCUGCUGGUGCUAUUGCUGCAUCUAAUUUACCUGGACAAAAUUGUCAAACAACAACAACAAUGAACAUGGCUGUUGAUAAUCAUCAUCAUCAUCAUCGUCAUAGUACAAAAACUGAUCUCAAUCAAACAAAUGGUAAGUCGUCACCUUCGGCGACUGCCGCAACAGCAAUGGCUUUAUGUCUGACCAAAUCAUCAUCAAAUAAUAAUAGCGCAACAAUAAAUAAUAUUGCUCAUCAUAAUGACAAAUCUAUUUUAUCAUCAUCACCACCCAAAUCAAAACAAUCAUCCAUCAAAACUGAAUCGCAACAAAAAUCAUCCAAAAUCAAUGAUGGUAGUAAAAUUUCCACUACAAAUCAAACAAAACCACAACGUUUUCGUUGUGAAUCAUGUCGUUUAUCAUUUAAAUCGUUGAAUGCAUUACGACGUCAUAAUCGUGGUCAUACGGCUGAAGGUGGACAUUCACAUGCUUGUCAUUUAUGUCCAUAUAAAUCAUUGGAUAAAAGUACAUUGAUUAGACAUCUGCGUACUCAUAAUGGUGAACGACCAUUUCAAUGCGCUAUUUGUAAAUAUGCAUUUACAACAAAGGCAAAUUGUGAACGCCAUAUACGUAAACGGCAUCGAAAUUUAAAAUCAAAAUCCGAAAUUCGUAAUGCAAUGCAAUAUAAUAUUGAUAUGGCAUCAACGGCAGCAGCAACCCGUUUAGUUAGUGAAAAAAUAUUCAUUGAACGUGAUCAAUUACCAACAUCACAGGAUACCGUUUGUAAAAAAUGUGAUGAAGAUUUUGGUACUAAUCGUGAAUUACGACAACAUCUGAGGCAACCGAAUAAUCCUUGUUCACAACAAUUGAAACCAUUUGUAUGUACAAUAUGUUCGAUUGGUUUUAAUACACGUAAUAACUGUGUUCGUCAUAUUAUUAAACAACAUCCGACUAUCGUUGAAAUUGGUAAUAAUAAUAAUAAUGAUGAUGAUGCUAAAAUUAUCGAUGCUGAAUCAUUGAUGAUUGAAACGGGUUCUAGUUCUAGUUUAAGUCCAUCAUCACAACCAAAACGACAAUCAACAAAAUUAUCAUCAAAACGAAAUGAUAAAAAUCAUAGACAUCGCCAUAGAUCAUCAUUUUCAUCAACAUUAUCAUCAGGUGCUGAAUCAUCCGAAUGUGAAGGAUUAACAUCAUCAUUUGAUGAUGGUCGACGCCAUAAUCAACAACAUAAUGGCCAUAAUUCAAAUAAACAUAAUGAUAAACAACAACCACCAUCACCAUUGAAUUUAUCGAAAAAAUCAUCGUCCGAAGAUGAUGAUGAUGAUUCUUUUCCAAUCGAACCGAUUGAAGAAGAUGAUGAUGAUAUUUAUGAUGAUGAUGAUCUAGAUGACGACGAUGAUGAUAUUGGUGAAUUUGACGAGGAUUUAGAUGAUGGUAUUGAUGACGAUGACGAUGAUGAUGAUGAAGGUGUACCAAUCGAAGACGAUGAUGAUGAUUAUGAUGAUAUUUCUUCAAAUACUAAUCAACAAAUUGGAUCUGCUGCUGUUUUAGAUCUUAGUUUUAAAACAAAAUAAUCAAAUCAUCAUAGAAUUUAAAUGUUGAAAAGCAGCCUACACACACAUACACACAGUUCAAGUUUUUAAUUUUAAUUUAAAAUUCUGACU